AUGUACAAUUCGAGAAGGAUGCAGACCCGGUUCUUAUUGCAGCGCAAAGAUACACGUAACAUCCCACAUUGUCUCCUGCGAUCGCAAGUGGAGAUAGGACGCUCGCUUCAUGUGAGUACCUUAGUACACAAAUCCAAUCGUACUUCUCCUAUUCACUCCCGAGAUGGCACUCGGGCGGGGAAAGUCCCACAAUACUGGAAAUUUUUCCCAGAUCAAGUACACAGGUACCUCUCACACAGAGGAUAUUUCGAAAACGUCCCAUCCACGAUUCUGCAACAGAGAUCGGACGAACAUUCCCCAUAUGCUAGGAGAUGUGGAUAUGGAAUAAAUGUACCUCCUUUGCACCGGGUAAGGACUGCAUUGCCUCUUGUUCAGGAUACAAUCUUGACUACGUAUUCUACUCGCUCGCGCUUUUUAUAG